AGCUGUAAAAAGUGCCAGCGGAGAUGCCUGAGACAAAGAUGUACACGGAGUGGGCGUCCUUAUCGCCGGUGAUUGCGUCCAAUAGUUGUAGCGCUCAGAAUUGUGUCCUGAACAAGUUCCAAGGAAGCGCCGGGAAGGAAGUGGCUGUGGCGAUUGUGAAGCAGCUGGCCAGCAAUCUUGGCAUCUCGCAGCCUGCAGAGCCCAGCAAUCUGGUCACGGAUCAGGAGGUGCUCUGGUGCAUGGAUGUGCUCUGCUAUGGUUUGUCCCUGCCUUUGAGUGAGCAUGAGACCAUCAAGGAUUGCGUGAAUGUGUACUGCGAGUGGAUGACGGCCCUCAAUCCGGUGCCACGUAUCAGCGUGCCCAAGCCAAUAGUGGACGAUCCAAACAAUUAUGCCCGGAAGAUCAUCAAUCACUUCCACAAUCUCUUUGUGCCGCGCCCGGGAGAAGACUGGGCUUUUCUCUAUCAGGAUCUCUUAGGCGCAGACACCAUCAAUCGUCAGGCUGUUCUCUGCCACCGCGUCUUGAGGACUCUCCAGAACGCUGCAGUGUCACAGAUUCUCACCCGGGAAACCUGGGAGUCGCUACUACUCUUCCUUCUAGCCAUCAAUGAAGUCCUGCUGGCGCCGCCAACUAUUAAGGAUGACGUGGGCGAUCAACUGUGCGAACGCGUCCUCAGUGUGCUGUUCGAAGUGUGGCUCCUGGCGUGCGUUCGAUGCUAUCCAGCACCGUCGCUCUGGAAGACGUUGCAGGAAUCCUGCCAAAUGUGGCGCCACAGAAUCGCUCUAGUGGAACAGUGGAAUCGCGUUAAUCUCGCUCUCACAGCCAGACUGAUUGACUUCACCUACGGAUCAGCAUUUCCAGAGUUUAAAAUCUUGGACGAAGAUGCCCAGCUAAUACCGUCGGGAAUGUCUAAUGAUUGCAUUGCCCAGACAUGGUAUCGCUUUCUUCGUGUUAUUGGUAAUCCCACGGCUCUUUGCCAGCCACAAACCAUCAGCAAUACUCCGCGUUUCAUGCAACAUGUGCUCACAAUGACGGAGUCCAUUGAGCCUUAUCAGCACUCGUGCUUGCUGAUUCUUCCUCAAAUUUUCCUGAAGGCAAUUAAGGGCAUCUCCAGUCUCGUGGAUGCUUUCCUGGGAAUAUUGCAAAAUGCCACAGGCGAGGAUGCGACCAGCACAACGGGGAUUUCCGGCACAGAUACAGGCUCAGGUGCACCUUCUGGCGCCACAUCGCGCCUCUCAGGUGGUGAAACUAGAUUCUCAAUGGUUGCGGGACGUGUAGAUGUAGCAUCAUUGGGUGGUGUGUCCUCCUCAGCCUCCUCCUCGGUGGUAUUUCCGACUCCCGCUGAGGUGCCCCACUCACCGACGCCGCCGCUUCAGAGGCGCUUGGCCAAAUCUUUCAGUGUGGCGCCGUCCAGUGGCCUCCCAAAGGGUAUAACCAAGGGAUCACUGAUUGGAUUGACGAGCAGCAGAAUUUCCAGCAGUCAACCGGCCGCCAGUCCGAUUUCCACUCAGCCACCCACGUCAAUUUUCACCUCAAUGUUGUCACUGACCCAUGAAAAUCGCGCUGUGAUGGCAUCUGCGAGGCCCAAAUGCAACAGUAUUCUUCAUUUAUUCGGCGAGUGGCUCUUCGAUGCUGCCCACAUUGGCACCGAGGCGUGGAUCCAGAACUGCAAAAAACAAGCAUCUGAGGCGUCUCGAAGACCCUCAUCGAUGAUCAUGGACAGCCGAAAGGGAAGUUUAUCACUAUCUCAGCCGUCAUCAUUGAAUGAAAACAUCGAGAUGCCACCAGGUCUGACGAUUGAUAAGUUUGAGUCUGGGCGAGCGGAGGCAAUUGGAGCGCUUUGCAGGAUUUUUUGUGCCAAGAAAACUGGCGAGGAAAUUCUUCCUGUCUACCUAGCGCGCUUCUAUGUGGCUGUGCAGCAGGGUUUGAGGAUUCCCGAGACGAAGGAGUGCGAAGAAACACUGGCCAGUAUUCUCUACAACUCAUCAGAUCUAUUUAGACUCGAUCUUGAUGGCAUUCAAGUGCUGUUGCCCUCUUUCAUUACUGCUCUUGAGUUGGUAUUGCCGGAGAAGGAACUCAAAAUGAAGAGUCAAACUGUCGUGCUGAAUCGGAUUGAGUUGAGGAGGGCUUCAAUCCACAUUCUGAUCUCCAUUCUGGCUCUGCCGCUGCACUUUCAGACGCUGCCGAUAAGAGAUAUCACAGGAGGACCAAUGGAUAAAAUGAUCACAUUUGCCCAGCUAAAGCCAAGAUUAAUCAACAUCCUGAUGAAUGCACUGCAAGUGGAAACUGACGCUCAGAACACUCAUAUGCUUCUUGGAGGACUUCUUUUUAGUGUCCAAGAUUCUGUGACUUUCGAGGAAACGGAAAAUACUGGCGAGAUGGUUCAAAUGUCUCCGCCAACAAGUGAUUUGAAUCUCCUCAGUUCAGCUUGUUCCGAAAAGAGUGCUUGUUCAAUUGCUAGCGCUAGUUCGAGUUUGGGUGGAAACAGUACGGCCACGGUGGGCAAUGAGUUUCCCAGUUUGAGCAUUUCUGAUGAUUUUCCCGCUGAGUUUCUGCAGGACCUGGAAAUGCCUUCAGUCUAUGACAAUGCUCACGCAUUAUUCGUGAGAGCGACUUAUUUAGUCUGCCACAGGUUGAUUUCAUCCUGGAAGGCUGACUUGAAUGUCUCUUUGGCUGCUCUGGAAUUGCUGUCUGGUCUCGCGAGGAUGCAUAUUAAGGAAUCAGCAAGGAAAUUGAGUGAUGCUUUGGAGUGCAAACGCGCCGUGAAAUGGAUUUGCGAUUACAUUUGCUACCAAUGCUCAAGACCAACUCCAUCUCACACGAAAGAUCUUCACAGCACAAUCGUGGCAGCGUUUCAGUGCAUAUCUGCAUGGCUAAUGCAGCAUCCAUAUCUUCUGCAAGACAAGGAGUGUUUGACAACAGUGUUGGAAGUUGUUGAACUUGGAAUUUCGGGCACGAAAAGUGUGGGAAAACCAGGAGAAGCGGCCAAAUUGAAGAAUGAAAAGGAGUUAAAGCCUGCUUCAAUGCGAGUUCGUGAUGCAGCUGAAAGUCUAUUGACAGUUAUUCUUGAACAAGUCGGCUACUUUCCUAGCGAAUGUGGAGCACAAUCUCUUUCUUCCCUUCUGGAUGAAGAAACUCUUAUGAAGUACUGCAAUUCCUAUCCAAGCUCUGGGCCUAUGAACCAUGAGUCAGCUGUGCAAAAGUUCAGAUACUUUGUCACGGAGAAUUCGACAAUUUUAGCCCUGUUAGAGGAGCCGUUGGGAAAUGAUCAAGAUCCCCAGCCAACAAUUACAUUGAUUAUCCGAGGGCCGUUCGGUCGGCAUACUUGGACAAUGCAGCUGAGACACUUGCCGAGGAGUAAAUCCGGCACAAAAUACCAUCACGCUCCGAACCCCGGGCGCCCAGUGCCGAUGAAUGACACUCCAAUGAGGCAGGAAGUGGAACAGAAAUACUUCCCGGACGGCGUGGAGAAGAUUCCACCGUGUGUGGCGGAUUAUUCAAUUCCCACACUUGAGGAGAUUGUCCAGAAGAUUGGAAAUGAGAACACCAAAUACUUGUUUCAGCUACUGGAAAAUCAGACGGUGUAUGAGAAAAUCGCGUGGGCAGAAACUGAUAAUUCACUGGAUAGCUUGGGUCACGCUCAAGAAGCAAUUCCACCGCCUGUUUGUCAUGAAUUUCAGGCCGCCAGGCUCUUUCUCUCCCACUUUGGCUUUCUGUCGAUUGGGGAGAAUGCAAAGAAGGAAUCAGGAACACCCCUGCUGAUGGUGCUGGACGCGAAAAAAGCGGGAUUUGCGACAGAGAUUCAAAGCCUCGAUCGCGUGAGUCCCAGAACUUAUGACACGGUGUAUGUGUUCUAUGUGAAAGCUGGACAGACUACGCCCAUAGAGAUUGUGGACAAUAUGUCAGGAGACAAUGUUCAGGGACUGGAUCCUCACUUCUGGAGCAUGAUGCUGAGUCUGGGGUGGCGUGUUAAUGUUGACGAUCACGCAGGAUGGACAGGAUUUUCUAGUUCUAGUUGGCAUAUCAAUCAAUCAGUAUCUGGUGGGGGUGAUUUUGUCCCUCAUACGUCAGGAGAAGAGAUGAACUUCAAUGGGGACAAGAAAGUGCUCUACUGGGCUGAUGUUAAUGGGGAGAUUGCCUUUGUGGUGCCAAAUCACUCUAACAGAUUCGAUAUGGAAACUCUGGAUGGAGGAUGUCAAUCAAUGCCGACUUCUUCGGGGAUUGACGGCGGACAAUUUGUCUACGAGAGAAGUAAUAGUGAGUGUCCGCCGCUGGAGUCUGUGACAAAUUUCACAAAACCCAUGCCUUUGGGACACAAACCGCGCACGCUGUCGCUGGAUAUUGAUAGGAGUCAGCAGAGAAUGGAACCUGUAGCACCAACUCGACGACGUCCAGGGACGUCCAAGACUUCAUCUGCUGGCCAGGCGAGUUCCAAAAUCUUUCUGGUGUGGCUGGAGAGCUUCGAGGAUCACAUCACGUUCCCAAUGGAAGAUCUACUGGCCUACUGUCGCAGUGGCGAGGAAAAUCUCCAGCCGACUGCUACUCGGGCGGCAGACUGUCACAUUAUCUACUUGCAAGCCCUCUCGUCAGGACUCCUGAGAGUGAAACUUCAAGGCCCGACCGGUAGAAUGAAUUUCGCCACACCACUCGUGGACGGGAUGGUGGUGAGCAGAAGAGUUGUGGGCAAUUUGGUUCGCCAAACAGCCUACAACAUGGCUAAACGCAGAAGGUUGGACAAUGACGGCUACCAACCGCCUCACGUUCGUCGCAGGCUCAAAGUUCAGGAGAUGGUGCAGAAAUACAAGGUGGAUCUCAGUGAACCCGAACUUCUGGCGCAUCUAUUUACAUCCUAAAGAUUUAUUUUUAUAUUCUUCGUUAAAUUUUAACACUGAUGCUGAUCAUUUUAUUUGCCUAAUCACUCUUUAAUAAGACUUUUGAGUAAUUAUAAAGCUAAAGGAAUUAUAAAGCUUUAUCAAGACUUUUCUGCUUUACUAUUCAGUUAAAGAUUAAGUAUUUAAUGCUUAUCCUCGGCCGAAUCGAUCUCUCGAAAUGGCAUUCUUGGCACGAUUGAAGUAUUCUUGAAGAGGCAAUGAUGAAUUCCUCAAGCAAAACUAUAAAAUGGCAUUAGAAGAGAAGUAAGCAACUAAAUGUCUCCUGUUCAAUUCAUCUCACCCUGAAGCCUUUCAUCUCCGGACGGUGUGUUUUAUUAAUUUUUUGAGAGAAGCAUUAUAUGAAUAUUAUUUAUAAAUCCAGAAAUGGGAAACCAAUAAAAUAUUUAAUCAACAUAAA